UCUCUCUCGAUUUCUGUCGAAAGCUGGAGAAAAUUGCUCUUCUGGCUCUGCAUCGCGGGAAAGCUCGCCGGGAACUUGCGAGCGUCGUUCGACGGCGAGAGUAGACUCCGUACGGUAAUCGCCGGUUCCCGGUGAUGGGUGUCCCAAGCACUGACGCCGUUCUAAUCGAGAAGCCAAAGAAGACUGGAGAGCCCUACGUCAUCACCGUGAAUUGCCCUGACAAGACCGGCCUUGGAUGCGAUAUCUGCAGAACUAUUCUCGAAUUUGGCCUUUACAUCACCAAAGGAGAUGUUUCGACUGAUGGAAUAUGGUGCUACAUUGUACUAUGGGUGCUUCCACAUGCCAGUUCACUCAUUGUAAAAUGGUCGAAUUUGAAAGACCGUCUGAUGUCCGUAUGCCCAUCAUGUCCAGUGCAAUUUUACUUUAUCCCGCAGCCGGCACAUUCUCCUUCAUCUCCAGUUUAUCUAUUGAAGUUUCUCUCUCUUGACCGCAAGGGACUGUUACAUGAUGUUACUCAAGUUCUCUCUGAGCUCGAGCUUACAAUUCAAAGGGUGAAAGUGACCACAACCCCAGAUGGGAGAGUCCUGGACCUCUUCUUCAUUACUGAUAACAAGGACCUUCUACACACGAAGAAACGGCAAGAUCAGACAUAUGAACAGUUGCAUGCAGUUUUAGGCGAAUCGUGUAUUAGCUGUGGACUCCAGUUGGCAGGACCCGAGUAUGGGGGCCAUCAGGCUAUUUCAACUCUUUCUCCUGCAGUCGCUGAAGAACUUUUUAAAUGGGAACUACUUAAGAAUGAGACUCCUUCACAAGCUCUUAGUCCAGACUUCGCAAUAUUGAAGAAGACCACUAUCGCUGCAGACAAUUCCCUGAGCCCAGCUCAUACGCUGCUCCAGAUCCACUCUGUCGAUCGCAAGGGACUGCUCUAUGACAUUAUGAGAACCUUGAAAGACUGCAAUAUUCAGAUAGCCUAUGGUCGAUUCUCGCCAAAUGUCAGUGGGCAUCGGGAUCUAGACCUUUUUAUUCAGCAAAAGGAUGGGAAAAAGAUUGUUGAUCCUGAAAAGCAGAGUGCACUUAUUUCUAGGUUGAAAUUGGAGAUGCUCCAUCCACUACGAGUUAUCAUUUCCAGCCGUGGGCCGGACACUGAGUUAAUAGUAGCUAAUCCUGUUGAGUUAUCUGGCAAGGGAAGACCACGAGUUUUCUAUGAUGUUACCCUGGCACUAAAAAUGUUGGGCAUCUGUAUUUUCUCGAUUGCUCAGACUGUAGAGUUGACAGUUCUCCUUGUCAGGCUGAAAUUGGAAGGCAUUUUGCAUCAGAUCGAGAAUGGGAAGUAUACAGAUUUCUCUUGGAAGCGAGUAGUGAAUUCCAGUUCACAAGCGCAGCGGCUAAAAAUCGGAUUGUGGAUAGAGCUAGGAGAACGUUGAUGGGCUGGUGAUAAUAUCACUGACCUCUGCAUCUGGACCCUAAGUCUUUCCGUUGGGGUAGUCGCCCCAAUUUGCCCUCUAGCAUGGAGUAUGUAUAACUUGUUUAUACAGUGUAUUAAUUUGUGGCACAGACUUGUAUUAUUGCU